UUUGGGGAGUUGCAAGUGGUAAAACACGGAGACCCAAAGAGUCACUCUUUGCAUCGCUCUAAAAGAAGCUCUUCUGAACGACGAAGCAGCGACGGAGUCAGGCCGACAACUUUGGCUGCGGAUCAAGAGUGGUGUCCAGCCUGGAACUUUUUUCCUUCUGGAGGUUGAUUUCUCUUUUAAGGAGCUGCAGGAGGAGCCAAGAUCUGGGGAAAGAAAGCAGAGUAGACUUUGUCCUCGGCCCUUCCAUAAUAGCCUGUGAGCCUGUGUGGCUGUUUGCAAGAAGCCUGGAAAACAUUAGCCAAAUCGACAGCUCUGGAAAGAAUGUGGACCAGUUUGAGAACAAGCAUCGAACCCACCUACCGAAGGAACAGAGGCUGUGGGCCCCGGAUCCGAUUCUGGGUGCUGGCAGUGGGAAUAGCUGUCAUCUUGUUUCUUCUGGGAUUUUUAAUCGGUUGGCUGGCGAAUAAACAUGCCCAUCAGUUGCCAAGGACAGAUGUCCACGAGAAGAUGAUGGAGGCCUUCAUGAAGGAAAUGAAAGCAGAAAGCAUCAAGCAAUUUCUUUACAAUUUCACCCAGCAGCCUCACUUGGCAGGCACACAGGAGAAUCUGCACCUAGCUGAACAGAUACAAGCGAAUUGGAAGGCAUUUGGCCUAGACUCGGUGCAACUGGUACCUUAUGAUGUUCUGCUUUCCUACCCCAAUGAGACGAGUCCUAAUUAUAUCUCACUCAUCGAUGAGCGUGGCCAAGAGAUUUUCAACACAUCUCUAUCUGAGCCCGUUCCUGCAGGAUAUGAGACUGUUGAAGACAUUGUUCCACCCUAUAGUGCUUUCUCAGCCCAGGGUGAGCCAGAGGGAGAUUUGGUGUAUGUGAACUAUGGCAGGAUAGAGGAUUUCCACAGAUUAGAGCGAGAGAUGGGAAUUAAUUGUUCCGGGAAAAUUGUCAUUGUAAGAUAUGGGAAGAUCUUCAGAGGAAAUAAGGUUAAGAAUGCUUACCUGGCUGGAGCCAAAGGCAUCAUUUUAUACUCGGACCCUGCUGAUUCUUGUGCUCCUGGAGUUCAGUCUUACCCAGAUGGCUGGAAUCUGCCAGGAGGUGGAGCCCAACGUGGCAACAUCCUCCUUCUGGAUGGUGCUGGGGAUCCUCUCACUCCAGGAUAUCCAGCUAAAGAAUAUGCCUAUCGCUUGAAGGAAGCUCAAAGUGCAGCAAACUUAAAUAUUCCUGUCCACCCCAUUGGUUAUCAUGACGCUGAGAAGCUGCUAAAAGAAAUAGGAGGGGCUCCUGCACCCGAUGACAGCUGGAAGGGGCAGCUUUCCGUGCCCUAUAACGUGGGACCUGGCUUUACAGGAACUUCUUCAAAAAGAAAAGUGAGAAUGCACAUCUACAGCUUCAAGCAAGUGAGACGGAUUUACAAUGUGAUUGGAAUUCUCCGAGGAGCAACAGAGCCAGAUAGAUACGUCAUUCUGGGUGGCCACCGUGAUUCAUGGGUGUUUGGCGGGAUUGAUCCGCAGAGUGGGGCUGCCGUUGUUCAUGAGAUCGUCCGAAGUUUUGGGAAGCUGAAACAGGAAGGUUGGCGACCCAGGAGGACGGUAAUUUUUGCUAGUUGGGAUGCUGAGGAGUUUGGCUUAAUGGGAUCAACAGAAUGGGCAGAGGAAAACGUCAAAAUACUACAAGAGAGGGCUGUGGCCUACAUCAAUGCUGAUUCCUCUAUAGAAGGUAACUACACUCUUCGAGUCGACUGUACCCCGUCGAUGCAUAGCCUGGUAUACAAUCUAACUAAAGAGAUACCAAGCCCUGACGAAGGAUUUGAAGGCAGAUCUCUUUUUGAAAGCUGGUAUGAGAAAAACCCAUCAAGGGAACAGAAAGGCUUCCCAAGGAUAAACAAGCUGGGUUCUGGCAAUGAUUUUGAAGUCUUUUUCCAAAGGUUGGGAAUUGCUUCUGGUAGAGCCCGUUACACUAAAAACUUUAAAGUGGACAAGUUCAGCAGCUAUCCUGUUUAUCACAGUGUCUAUGAGACGUACGAGAUUGUGGAAAAGUUUUAUGACCCAACUUUCAAGAAUCACCUGGCUGUAGCCCAAGUGCGAGGCGGGCUGGUGUUUGAGCUGGCUGCUGCAGCCCUCCUCCCGUUCGACUGCAGAGAUUAUGCCAAGGCGCUUAAUAGCUAUGUUGAUGUCAUUUACAACACAACCAUGAAACAUCAGGCGGCAAUGGAAGCACACAACGUAUCAUUAGUUUUGCUUCGGGAUUCCGUAAAGGCAUUUUCAGACGUUGCUAGUGACUUUCACCGCAGACUUGAAUUAGUGGACAUCCAUAACCCAAUUGAAGUAAGAUCUUGGAAUGAUCAAUUGAUGUUCUUGGAAAGAGCAUUUAUCGAUCCUCUUGGAUUGCCCGGCAGACCAUUUUAUAGACACAUCGUCUUCGCUCCGAACAGUCACAACAAGUACGCUGGAGUGUCCUUCCCUGGGAUCUAUGAUGCCCUGUUUGACAUUGACCACAAAGAAGACCAAGAGAAAGCCUGGGAAGAAGUCAAGAAGCAGAUCUUCGUUGCGGCUUUCACCGUGACAGCUGCAGCUGGGACUCUCAAAGAAACACCAUGAUUUGCUAAGACACCAUGAUUGAAUAGUUCUCCGGUCAACGCUACUUCAAUUGGAUUAAAUUAGAUUACAUUAACAGAGUUGAAAGGGACCUUAUAGGUCAUGUAGUCCAACCCACUGCCCAAGCAGGAGACUCUACACCAGUCUUCAGGUGCUUUGGAAAAUAGCUUGACCCCUUCUUCUCUGUGGCAGCCCCUCAAAUACUAGAACGCUGUUAUUAAGUCUCCCCUGGUCCUUCUCUUCACUAGACUAGCCAUGCCCAGUUCCUGCAACCAUUCAUCGGAUGUUUUAGCCUCCAGUCCCCUAAUCAUCCUGGUUGCUCUCCUCUGCACUUUUUCUAGUGUGUCAACGUCUUUUUUAUAGUGUGGUGGUGACCAAAACUGGAUGCAGUUUUGUGAGAUCAUGAUUAACUUGAUAUAUGUUGUCUUCUAGUGGAUGAAAAUUUAAGGACAUUAGUAUAUUCUGGCUAAAAGAUCCAUAUAAGUAAAAUACAACCAGGAAACAAAAUACAGAGUUCAAUAACAAACCUAAUAACUCCCCUUUAACACCCAAUUAAAACCCUAUAUUAUUUUA